CCACGUCUCAAUCUGAUUCCUCAUUCGUUUCGUUCGCCUUCCUCUCUUGUUAAUAAUCCAAAGAUUCCUUUACGAAAUUCACGACCCAAAAACCUCUUUCUUUUAAUUCUUGUUAACAAAAAAAGUCUUCCUUUGCUUCAUCAUAAUUCAUCAUUAUCUUCUCUCUCUGAGUCUGUGUGGCUAAGAAAAUUGAGGAAAUUCCAAAAUGGGAAACGCCUUAAGGUUCUUAUAUGCGCAAUGUUGUAAGCCCACAACAGCUGAGGACUCCGAAUCACUUGGACAUCAUGGUGUGUCGGCUGUCACCGUUGGUGUUUCUGCUCUAGCCCAUGAUCUCUUUCACUUUGAGAUCACCUCCCAGGUCCCGGAAGGACUCAGCAAGCAUGUUGUCUCGUCGAAGAAGGCUCAAGCUAAUUGGUACAGAAAAAUAUUAGAGGCAUGGAGAGCAGCUAAACCCCCUCCAAAAACACCUGAAGAAGCUUCUAGGCUUGUCAUUCAGACUCUGAAGAGACACCAAAAAGCAGAUGUUGAGGGUUUGUUGGCCUUCUAUGGUCUCCCUCUUCCUCAUACCCUAGUCAAACUUAGUGCUGGGGCCCCAACAUCAUUACCUGCAGGAGUAAAGUAUGAAUUUCAGACAUUGCCGGUUGAUGCAAAAGCUGUGGCUGAUGGAGAUACAGUGACAGUGUAUGUCAGUACAACAGACCCAAGGGAGUCAUCUUGUGUUCCUAUAGAAGUACAAGUAGCAGCUGUCCAAAGAUCACAAGCUCGUGCUGAGAAAAAUUAUACAGAAGCAGAUGCAAUUCACAAAAAAAUCAUUGAUUCUGGAUAUCGGGUACUCAAUUUUCAGAACAAUGAGGAAAUCCUCGCUCGAAAGUAUCGAAUUCGACUAAGGGGAAUAGAUGCACCAGAGAGUUCAAUGCCAUAUGGGAAAGAAGCAAAGGAGGAGCUGACAAAGAUUGUGCAGGGAAAGUGUUUGAGAGUCCUUGUUUAUGGGGAAGAUCGUUAUGGCCGCUGCGUAGGUGACAUAUAUUGCAAUGGCAAAUUUGUUCAGGAAUUAAUGCUCAAGAAAGGGUUUGCAUGGCACUACACAGCCUAUGACCAACGCCCAGAACUUGCAACAUGGGAAAAAGAGGCUCAAGCUAAGCGAGUUGGCCUGUGGGCUUCAUCAAAUCCUGAGAAGCCAUGGGAAUGGAGAAAGGAUAAACGCCAAGGUAGAUGACAUUUUCCAAAUAGGAAGUAAAGAGUGACCUUGUGACCAAUAAUUAUCUUAUGCAAUCGGACAUAUGCAUCCUCCCUCUAUCAAUGUAUGAACUUUGCAAUCAAGAAUGAUUCACAUGUGAAAGGGAGGGUGUUUAUUUAUCUCCAAUGCAAAGAUACUUCACGUGGGUGACUACUUUAAACCAAAUGAGGCAAGAAGGCAAAAGCAAUGUCAUAUAAUCAGGACGUACUUCCAAGACCAGGGGUUGGUAGCAACUUGACACUGAUACAAAAAGCAUCUGUCCUCAUUUUUAUGUACCAAUCAUUUGUAAAAUUAUCUACUUAAUCUUGGUAAAGACUGUUGUAACUUAUAUUUGAAUCAAACACCCAAGUGAGAGGCGGAUUGUAACUUGUAAGUUAUAUUACAUGAUCAGAAUAAAACAAAAUUUCAUUGUGCAAAA